AUGGAAAGGUCCGUAGCGCCUGUGAAACUGAAGAAGGCCAUUGGCAAAUUUUCACCGCAGUUCAACGGUUCACAGCAGCACGACUCCCAUGAAUUGCUGUCGUUCAUGCUGGACGGCUUACACGAAGAUUUGAAUAGGG